AUGACCGAUGCUGAGAAACAAAACCAUAUUGAACUAGUGGAGCAGCAUACCUCCCUUUGGAAUGAGGAGGAUGUCCAUUACAAAAGCUUUCCUUCCAGAGCAAAAGCUUGGAGGGAAGUAGCCAAAGAUAUGGAAGUAACAUUCAAGAGCACCUUUGAUGUGGAUGUACUCCAAAGGACGUUCAAAAAUUUACGCGAUGUCUAUGUGCGCAAGAGGCGGGCAUACCAAGAUGCCGUGAGACGCAAUAGCGGAUUGCAGGCCGGCGCCUUGGAGCGCCUUAGAGCAUGGACUUUUUACAACGGUUUCGUGUUUUUGGAUCCUGUUAAUGAUGAAGGAGAACGUUACUGUAAUGUUGAGACGAUUCACAAUGACAAUAAUUCCUUGCUCGAUGUCGAAGAUAUCAGCGAUAUAACAGCAGCGGAGGCUCUCGAUAUGCAAAGCGAGACUGGUUCUAUGCAAACGCAGUCGCAAGGAUUCGAUACCGGUCCUGGGCAAACACACUCGCAAGUAAUAUUUGUGCAAACUGCACCGCCACCUCCAAAAACGAAGAAAUCCAGUAAGAAGCAGCAAAAAAUUAGUGCUAUUGAACAGUUCGCAACGGUCUUCAAGGAAAACUUUGACACCCCGGACUCGUUUGAGUCAAUGGGUCAUUUAUUGUCUUCAAACAUGCGAAAGCUUGACGCGCGAAGUCCUGCUCUUGCAGAAGAAUUUGCUAUCAAAUUCGAGCAGUUCCAGGUGCAGUUGACAACAGCAAUUUUCCAGUCUAGGAAUAGUCCGACAUAA